UUCUAAGGUCCCGGAUCCCGACUGGACCUCCAGCUGACGGCCCUCUCCAUCCACGCCCCCCCAUCCCGGGCCCUGCGGUGGCAUGAUCUUCGGACAACAGACACGACUGCGCUGACUGUGAAGGUCGUGACCCGAUGUGUGUGCAGCUGUGUAAAGGAAAGAUUCUCUUGCUUCUCCUCAUCAUUGUUCUGGCAAUAAAACCCGGAAAUGGAAGAGCCUCACUCCUGGGGGAAUUUCAGCAGGACGUGAUUCUCCCUUGCUCUUUCAAGAGCGGAGACAGUCUGGUCAUACACUGGCGUGUGGGAGCGGAGAAGAGGGUGGUGCACAGCUACUACAAGGGACAGGACCACUUGUCCGAUCAGGACAGCCAGUACAUGAGCAGAACAUCGCUUUUUCACGGUGAAAUCGGUCAGGGGAAUGCCUCUCUGAGACUCAGCCAUCUGCGCCCGGACGACGCUGGGGUUUACUCUUGCUAUGCGGGGUCCGUGGCUGGAAAGGUGGAAGUGGAAAUGGAACUGAAAUUUGCAGCUUUCCUCACCCCUGCCAUGGAGUACACGAUACAGGACGACGGCAGCCAGCUGACCUGUCGGGCAUUUGUGAUAUUCCCCGACGUAGAGUGGACGUGGAGUGGGGCCUCAGAUACUAAAAACCUCAAGGAAGGGAAGCCGGGGGGUCUCUUUUACGUCGAAAGUCAACAGAGUGUCACAAGUUCCAGCUCUCCCACCUGGUGCUCCAUCCGGAACUCCCUGCUGGGACGGACGUGGAACGGGACCUGGACAAGGGCAGAACCUCUGUUUGGAAGAGAAGGUGAAGAGGUUUCAUUUCCCUCUCUCUAUGCAAAGGAGAAAUUAUCACCCAGCACACCUUUUAUCAUCACUUGGUCUAAAGUCACUAAAGCUUCUCUGGUGGUCCUGGCGUCUUUUGAUAACGCCUCACAAAAGCUCAACAACCACGAACCUCGACUCUCCUGGGAUACGAAGGCCAUCAGUCGGGGAGUUAGCAAUGUGACUUUAAAGAAUCUUCUCCAAUCGGAUGAGGGAGAGUACCUGUGUAACAUUUCGUCACUAUCCUUCACCCAACUCACCGUGCGAAAACUCAGUGUGGAACCCAAUGGAGGACUGGCCGCUUGGAAAAUUGGGGUGAUCAUCCUGGGGUUGUUCCUGAUAGUAAUCUUGCUGGCAGUCGUAAUCGUCUGGGGGAAGAGUAAAUGCCAGAGCGAGCCGUUGCCGGAGAAAGUACAGCCACCUGAGAAGGUCUCGUUAAAGACUGCAAACAAAGGCGAUGGAGUGUCCGAGCAGCUGACUUCCUCCGAAACAAAGACAGAAGCGGCAGAAACUUGA